CCCUCCUCCAUGUUAGCUGUGUGCUGGAAAACCAGGCAGGAGUUAUCCAAAUCCCACCGUGUCAUCAACCGGGCUGGGGUUGGGGAGGGCAGAGUGAGACUCUCAACAGGCUGCUGCAAUAUUUAGACUGCCAGGAAGUCCCGGGAAGUCUGUGGAAAGGAGAGCGUCUUAACUCCAGCCAUUGAGGGAAAGGGACAGACCUUUUACAUCCCUCCUCCCAAGAGUGCGUUCCCCUUCUCGUCCAGCAUGGUGAGCAGCGGGGCUGGUGUGUGUCUGGGCCGUGCCUGGGAGAGCCAGGCCAGCCACAGUCAGGUCGCCUGAGCCGCAGUCUGGGGCCGGUCCCACCGCUCCAUGCGCUGCCGAAGCCCAAGCAGCAGCAGCAGCCGGAGCCGCCAACAUGAGCUGCAGAGAGGGGACUGACAGCAGCUGCGGCUGCGGUGGGCGCGACGAGAACAGGAUCCUGAAGUGUGUGGUGGUCGGAGACGGUGCGGUUGGGAAGACCUGCCUGCUGAUGAGCUACGCCAACGACGCCUUCCCGGAGGAGUACGUGCCCACUGUGUUUGACCAUUACGCAGUGACCGUGACAGUGGGAGGAAAGCAGCACUUGCUUGGACUGUACGACACCGCAGGACAGGAGGACUACAACCAGCUGCGGCCACUCUCCUACCCCAACACCGACGUGUUUCUCAUCUGCUUCUCUGUCGUAAACCCCGCCUCUUAUCACAACGUCCAGGAGGAGUGGGUCCCGGAACUGAAGGACUGCAUGCCUCAUGUGCCUUACGUGCUCAUCGGGACCCAGAUUGAUCUCCGGGAUGACCCCAAAACCUUGGCCCGUCUCCUGUACAUGAAAGAGAAGCCCCUCACCUAUGAGCAUGGCGUGAAGUUGGCAAAAGCGAUCGGAGCACAGUGUUACCUGGAAUGUUCUGCCCUGACGCAGAAGGGUCUCAAGGCGGUCUUCGAUGAAGCCAUUCUCACUAUUUUCCACCCCAAGAAAAAAAAGAAAGGCUGUUCCGAGUGCCACCGCUGCUGUACAGUUAUCUGAAGUUGCCCAAGGCCCGUCUCCCCGCCAUCCAAGGGUACGCAGAGCAGCAGUCUCUGUGACCCAGCUCCAGCCAAAAACGGAGGGCAAGACCGGAAAGGAAUUCCUGUGUCCCGAGGCCUGUCCUGUGCCCUGCCAGUUCCCCAGCUCAGCAUCCUGUCAGCCACUGCCACAUCCCCAGGCCAGAGCAUCCACACUGCGCACGGAGGAUGCCGAGCCACAUUCAGACAGUGCCGGGGAGGUGUUGGAAGCAAGUCAUCAUCGUCCUGUAUUUCACAUCUCCCUUCCACAGAUGUAAAUCGACAGGAAAGCAUGGCGGGAAAGCCAAGCAUUCUGUCCUGCACCGGUGGCCUUACUUCAUGCCUUUGCCAAAUUUAGAAACACAACACCAACAUUUUUCCUGAGACUGUUGUUUGAGCCAAGGGUCCUAAUGCUCCUCACUAUUAUAGUUUCCUGAUGGCCAGUCCCUUGAGCCUCGCAAAUCCAACUCAAAAUAGUUAAAAGACAACCUGGAUUAUAUGCACUCUUAUUGACGGUGGGUCUCUGCCAAUGUUCUUAGGGCCAACAUGUACCCCUGAAUGCCUAAAAAAAAACUCACUCUACAACUUUCAUAAACUUAACAGACCUAUAAUUUUUUAGCCUUUUUAAAAGAAAACAUUCUAUGAAUUAUCACAGUUUCCCCAGUUUUGCCAAAGAUUCAUCCUACAGAUGCUUCAGGUGAUGGGGGCCUGCUCUUGCAAACUUCUACUGUCGUUCAAACUGAAGACAGACUGUCUUUGAAGAAAGAAAUAGACUUCGGCUUUUCAUCUAAAUUGGUCAGGACAAGAAUAUGGCGAAAGCCGUCUUCCUGAUCCAGCAGAGUGGGCCUGCCCCACCCCUCACAGAAGGUCUGAGCUCUCCUUCCAUUCACCAGUCACUCUUCCUCCUGGGUCCAGAUCCCUGUGUUCCCCAGUCACAGCCUGGCCUUAAGGGAAAAAGAAGAAGAGGAGGAGGAGGAGCUGUGGAUACCAGACAUGAAAAAUGAGUGUUCCAGAAUCCUGCAGGGUCAAAGUGCCUUAACUUUUCUGCUUGCUUCAUCUGAAAGCGCUGCUCAGCUUGCCCCAUAUGAAGCUUCCGUUCAGGACAGUUUCCAGUUGCAGCCAGUAUGGAAAUCACUGUCUCUCUCCCUCUUUCCUUAACUCCUCUCCCAGAUGUCCAUGGAGGGUGGGGGAACCCAUUCUAGGCUGAGGCACCUGAUGGGGAGUUUGGCCCCGAGCAGAAAGAGCUCCUAGUGAGAAAUCCUGCACCUUUCAAUGUGACAAUUCCAAACAGCCAGGGACAUUCCGUGUUUUACUUAGAGGCUGCGAUUGGCCCCAAUUAGUCUUAUUUGCUUGCAGGUGCCCUGGAAUUACCCAGGGAAGCUGAUUUAUCCUUUUAUUUUCUUUAUUGCAUCAGCAAAUCAUAGCUUAAGAGUAUGAAAUUAUUUCACUUUUUGUAGACUAAAACUCCAUCUGUUGGGAAAGCAUCCCAAUCUUUCUAGUCUUUUCUGCUCAUGGAGAAAUCACAGAAGAUAAUUGUAUUAUAUAGGUCUUCGUAAGACCUUUCAUGACACUCCUUCAGUCUUUGAAGGUUUUAAUGGUUUGCUGUUUAGAAUUUCUGAAAUGUAUUUUUGCUUCCUCUACAUGUCAGUACUGUUCCACGUCUCUCCCAUAUAACGGCAAAAAACUUUCUGAAAUACACACAUACAUGCAUGCACACAUAUACAAGCAUAACAUGCAUACAUGCACAUACACACAUAAGCCACCUAAAAGGAAACAAGAGUUCUGUAAUCCAAGGCUUGCCCCCUAGAGUAGCAAGGACUGUCUGCCUUUCUACAUGGAAAUCAAAUAUGUGUGAGCCUUAAUGCUGUGGAAACCACCAUUCCCCUUCAGCUCAGUGAUGAUUAUAUGCCCUGUAAUGACAUUAUUGCUGUGAGCCACUUUUGCUACACUAUGGCAUAGUUACACUUUGCUAGGGGGCUGCUCCUCACUUCUUACUGUUGUGGAGGAAAAACUGAAAGCAAUGUGUUGGCUCCGCUAGGGAGAAAUUCCCAAAUAUGCGCAGCUAACAGGCAAAUGGCUCACCUCGCCAUCACCUCCAAUAGACCAAUGAGAGUUUGUUUCGCGAAAGUGUCUGCUGCCCCAAGACUGAAUAACAAGUGUUCUGAGGAUUGAAAACAAAAGGACGCACAGACAUCGAAAGAAAGAUUUGCUGAUAGUCCAUGCCAUCUUUCCAAGUCAACACAUGGCAGCUGGCAUCCAUGUGAGGACAGGAAAGGCCUCAGAACCUGCAGUACAGUGCAGUCCUUCGGUGUGCACAUGAGACACGUGGCUGGGACCAACUGAGAGCAGUGGGCUGUGCAGAGCUCAGACAAACCCUGGCAUCACCCACAUCGAGAUGGAGUUCUGCAAGCAGAUCAGUAGAGCUGCGUCUGUUUCUCCUACGGCUUUCAGCUAUAUUUUAAAUGUUUAAUUUCAUGUAGUUAAGCUCCUAUAAACAAAUAGUAAUCCACCACACUGGUAAGGUCUGGUAAAGUAACGAGAACUUGAUCUUCUCACCAGUGUACCUGCAAUCCAGAAGAAACCGCCAUGUAAUUAAGUCGCUAAUUUGACAGAUUUUGUUUUCAUUGUCACUCAGUAGAGUUGAUGGACAGCUUAAGCUAAAACACAAAUCAAAGCCAUGUCCAUAGAAAGAUGAUUUUUUUUUUCCUUGGGAUGAUUCCUUCCAAGAAAAGCUUUGUUCUAAGAACAGUUAUAGAAGUCAUUAAGUACCACAACCUAAACCAGGACUUACGAAGGUGCAAAGUCAAAACCUAAGCUCUGCACUUCCAGUGGGAAGUGGGUUUUGGUCCAGUGACUUGGAGGAUAAUAGGUAUGGUUACAAUAUAUAAAGACAUUUAUUUGGGGGGUUUCUGGUCUAUAGAAGCACCGUCAAAUGAAGUGAAUAUAGCCAUCACAGUUCCCAGUGCACCACCAACAAGGAGAUAAAGGAAAACAAUCACAACUAAACCUAAAACUAUUCGGGGGAGGGAAACUAAGCCAAGCAUGGUAGCGCAGGUCUGUGAUCCCUAUUCUUAGGAGGCAGAGGCACAAGGAUUUCCCUCAGUUUGAGGCCAUCCUGGUCUACAGGGCAGGUUCCCAUCCAGCCAAGCUACAUAGGGAGACCCUGUCUCAAAAUAAACACAUAAAUAAACAAAUAACUAAAUACUAAAUCCAGAAUGUGAAUCCAACAAAAAUGUCCUUAUUUGAGGUGCACGUUCCUAGGAGCAAAAGCCUUAGGGAAUUAAUUCAGUGUCUUCAAGGAGAAUUCUCCGAAUUGAGGCGAACCUCUUUAAAUACCAUAUAAGAGAGCUAGGAAUGCUGGCGCACACAUAUACUCCCAGCACUCAAAAAGCUGAGGCAGGAGGAUUGUGAAUUUAAGUUCACCCUCAGCUAUUCAGUGACACUCAGCUUCAAAAAGAAUUCACAGAAACCUCGUGGCAUUCUCCGAGCCAACAUUCCUGAGAUCAGCACGAUGGAAACUUCGAGCUGUGUUUUUGCUUUAAAGACGUAUUUGAUGUCAUGCUGGGCAUCGUUGUCUAACAAGGUCUAUGUGGUUUUGAAAACCAUUUUCUUGUUCAGAUGCCUGGAUAUGAAGUGUGUUUGCUCUCAAAAGUGUUCGAAUGCCCGACUUAUUCUCUUGGUAGUCUCUAACUUCAUUGGGAAGGCUUCCCAAGUACUUGUAUUCCCAGAAACAGUGUCUUUUCAGAAGUAAUAGAGACAGAGAGAAAAAGAGGUCGGGAAAACUGAGUGGCACCUUGAGAAAUGAAACAGUUAGAGAACAGAGAGGAAGUUACAGCUAAAGACAGGGCAAACCACGGGCUUGCUCACUCUUGGGAGAGUUCACUCCUGCCCAGCGUCCAGAGGCCGAGGGAAGACAGAGAUCAGGGAAUGUCAAGAACAUGUCAUGGGCAGCCAUGACAAAUCCUGUGGCUAUGCUAGGAAUUCCGUUCUGAAUGGAGGCCCGCGGGUGCUCUUUGGAGCUUUAACAGCACGCUAGUGUAGAGACCUUUCACCUCCUCUGCCUCUGCGUAGCGGAGAAGUCAAGGGAAUUUUACCAAGAAAUGGGAAUGAAUAAAUAAAUAACCUCGAGGCUCACUCCGGAAUACUUGGGCUUAGGUAUGCAGAUGAUAUUGGUUCACGUUCACGAAGCUAUCCCUCAGUUCCAAGAUUAUAUUAAUAUGCACGGAUCCUAUAAGUACAAAAAUGUAAGAUAAAACAAUAGAAUUCAUGGUGCUUCCGUGGUCAGUGAUGAACAGAACAGAAGCCAGAACACCAAGCUCUCUGCUCAGCCACCAGGGUCUUAGCCUGUCUCUCGGGGGACCAGGGAGGAGUGAACCGGGGUCUGGCUCAUGUGUGAAAGGGCGGGGUGUAAGUUCACCCUUGGCCUCGAGGCCCGAUGCCAAGAAAUUAGAAUAAACGCUGUGUAAUGACUCUUGGUUGCUGCCUGUGCUUUACUACGAAGGGGCUUCAAUGCCUGAGACAAGGGUGGCUUUGGUGUGAGUGUGUUAGAAGCAUGGCCCAGAACCUUCAUAACACCAAUGCCAGGGCAGAGCGUGGUCUUUAACAAUGAACCCCGAGGGUUCAGCAUGCGAAGUAUCUUUGCUGAACUAAACCCAAUCAGUGUUACAGCCGAUGGAUGUGAUAUCUGUUGCAUUGUGAAGAAAGGGAACCGGAACCCGCAGAUCUGGCCUCUCAGGGCCUCCACAAGGCAGCAUUGGGAGUUCCUUAGACCUCUGGAGGGAAAACAGAAACACUUUCUAAGUAGAAAAUACGUCUUCAGCAGGUAAUCGAUGUGUAUCUAAAAUCAACUUUCCCUGCCAUCUUCGAUACAUUUGUUAAGCAAUCAGAUUAUUUUCUCCUCAAGGAGCCUCAGGCAAGAAAGUUAAUGAAUUCUGCACUCUCAUCGCUCCGGAGAGUGGCCUGUGCUCUGAGUAAGCAGCAAGCACCGAUGAUACACAGAGGGACAUCAGCCAACUGCAACAGCUGCUUCUCCCAUACAAGGUGCACAGAAUCAAGCCAGCUUGCUUCCCGCCAACUUAUUCAUAGGCUGCUGCUCCUAUAGUCUCCUCUGUAACUGACUAUUCUCUGUACUUGUUUCAUAAUUAAUGGAAUAUUAUUUCAUGUACUCUAGCCUCACUGUUUAUCUGUAUCACAUUUUUGACGUAUCAUUAAAUGGUUUUUUUUUUCUC